CCCGGCGCGAAGCGCCCUACGACCACAAAAAAGGUCUGAUUCUGAGAUAAAUUCAUUGCGUGCCUGGGGUGCCAUCAAGGUAUCAGGCCCACUUUUUCUGGCAUGUGAAGACCUACCUUAGCCAGGCGUUAUCGUAGAUUACCGUUCAGCGGAGCUUUGCAUUUGCCCCUCCUACAUCAAACAUGCAACAGCACCUCUGUUCGGCAGACACGAUUUCAUCAAUAUAACACCCCAGCCAUCAGAUUGUAUCAUGAGUCCCAACGGCGCAAAUGGAGACGCCAUUGUUGGUUCGGAUGGACCAAGGCAGAAAGGCAAAGCCACCCCGGACACCCUCAAAGUCGGAUGCAUAGCCCUUGUCACAAAGGACGGGCAGCUCCGUCGCGCCGAAAUUCUAAGCAUAAAGGAGACCAAGAGCGGGCGGCAGUUCUACUGCAAUUUCGACAAUUUCAACAAGCGCUUAGACGAAUGGGUACCUAUCUCCCGGAUCGACUUUGAGCAGGACGUCGAGUGGCCGAAUCCGGAAAAGGAUAAGCAAAAGGACGGAAAGAGUAAGAAGACAGCGUCUGCAGUAUCGAAGAAGUCGCAACCGUCCAAGAAGGCACAGAAGAAGGUGGGCAAGAGAGAACAGUCUGUCGCAUCCGAAGGCCAAACGCCACAUCCGUGGACAGAAUUUGUCGAGUCUCAGCAACGGGGCAAGACCCCCAAAGUUGAAGAUGGCGAUGACAAAGCGAAUGCGAGCUUGGAAAUUGGGGGCACGCCCGGCAUAGGACCUGACGAGAUGGAGCUAGACGAGGACGAGACACCCGCGAGCGCUGCGAAGAAGGAGCACACGCAUCCGUUCAGUCGGGAACAGGAAAUCGAAAAGCUACGGACUUCGGGCUCCAUGACGCAAAACCCUGCCGAGAUCGCCCGCAUAAGGAACAUUUCGAAAGUGGAAUUUGGGCGAUAUGUCCUGUUCCCUUGGUACUUUUCUCCCUAUCCUGAGGUAUUCAGCCAGGAAGACUGCAUCUUCAUAUGCGAGUUCUGCCUGAGCUACUAUGGCAGUCUCAAGUCAUUUACACGACAUCGGAUGAAAUGUACGCUCCAGCACCCACCAGGCAACGAGAUCUAUAGGGACGAUUUUAUAUCCUUCUUCGAGAUUGACGGCAGACGGCAACGGACGUGGUGCCGAAACCUGUGUCUCCUCUCGAAAAUGUUUCUCGAUCACAAGACGCUCUACUACGACGUUGACCCUUUCCUCUUUUACGUCAUGACGUCGAGGGACGAGAAAGGGAAUCACAUCAUUGGCUACUUUUCGAAGGAGAAGGAAAGCACGGAUGGAUACAAUGUUGCGUGUAUCCUGACGCUGCCCCAGUACCAGAGAAAGGGGUACGGCCGGUUGUUGAUUCAGUUCUCGUACGAGCUGUCCAAGAUAGAGGGCAAGCUCGGGUCGCCAGAGAAGCCGCUCUCAGAUUUGGGUCUUCUGAGUUACAGGCAGUACUGGUCCGAGAACAUUAUUGACCUGUUGCUUGGGUAUAGUGAGCGUGAGGAAAAGUGCACGAUUGAGGGGAUCGCUACAGCGCUCGCCAUGACGACCCAAGAUGUGGAGCAUACGCUUCAGGCACUCAAGAUGCAAGUCUACCACAAGGGAGAGCACAAGAUUGUGAUACCAGAGAAGUUGAUCCAACAGAGGGAGAAGUCGAGGGCGAAGCAGAAACGGCUGAUUGACCCGGAACGGAUCCAGUGGAAGCCGCCGGUGUUCACGGCAUCUAGCAGGACGUGGGGAUGGUAACAUAAGCUUGACUACUUUCAAUACCAAGGAUGAAUGUGUACAAUACAGUGGUGUACAAUACAUACGGAUAUGGCAGCAUCUAGCUAGGGCGUCUGGUGGCAGAGUUGGUAAUGGUAGCGGAACGGCUUCAUUUUGGCUUUCAACCUGAGCUUUUUUUUGCUCUUCCCGCUUCUAGGUUUGUUUUCUCCCUCGAAUGCACGAAAUCGUGUAAUUGCCUCGAGGCAUUGAUUCACCGCAUAGGGGGCAUACUUGUAUCGCUAUCUCUAACUCUCUAUGCAGUUGACUGC